CAUGCGCAAUGAGAGGAGUCCUUGGCUUGUCGGCCCGCUGUAGGUUACUGAAGCCGUGAGGGGACGCAGACAAAAUGCAGAGCUGGACUCAGAUAUAUCGCUCUCUGGCCACGCGGAGCCACCAGCUUCCCUGCAAACUGCACGGAGCUACGGCUGUGUCCGUCAGAACCUACGCAGACAAAGCAGCAAUCGAUGCAGACGUCACAGUGGUGGGCUCCGGUCCCGGAGGCUACGUCGCUGCUAUCAAAGCUGCACAGCUCGGCUUCAAGACAGUUUGUGUGGAGAAAAAUAUCACGCUGGGCGGGACAUGUCUGAACGUCGGCUGCAUCCCCUCAAAGGCUCUCCUGAACAACUCCUACUUGUACCACAUGGCUCACGGCAAAGACUUUGAAAGCAGAGGCAUCGAAAUUACAGGCAUCUCGUUGAACCUGGAGAAGAUGAUGGCGCAGAAGAGCGGGGCGGUCAAAGCGCUGACUGGAGGAAUUGCACAUUUAUUCAAACAGAACAAAGUGACCCACGUUAACGGUUUUGGGAGGGUGACGGGUAAGAACCAGGUGACAGCCACCACAGCAGAUGGCAGCGAGCAGGUCAUCAACACCAAGAACAUCCUCAUCGCCACCGGCUCCGAGGUCACGCCUUUCCCCGGCAUCCAGAUCGACGAGGACACCGUGGUGUCGUCCACAGGAGCGCUGUCUCUGAAGAAAGUCCCCGAGGAGAUGAUCGUGAUCGGAGCGGGAGUCAUCGGAGUGGAGCUGGGGUCAGUGUGGCAGCGUCUGGGCUCUAAAGUCACAGCCGUGGAGUUCCUUGGCCACGUGGGCGGCAUGGGCAUCGACAUGGAGAUGUCUAAGACCUUCCAGCGCAUCCUGCAGAAACAAGGUGUCAAGUUCAAGCUUGGCACCAAAGUGAUGGGCGCCACCAAGAGGCCCGACGGCAAGAUCGAUGUGGCAGUGGAGGCGGCGGCCGGAGGGAAGAACGAGACGCUGACGUGUGAUGUGCUGCUGGUCUGUAUCGGCAGACGGCCGUUCACACAGAACCUGGGUCUGGACUCUGUCGGUAUCGAGGUGGACAACAGAGGUCGCAUCCCUGUCAACAGCCGCUUCCAGACCAAAGUACCCAGCAUCUUCGCAAUCGGAGACGUGGUCGCCGGGCCGAUGUUGGCGCACAAGGCCGAGGAUGAGGGCAUCAUCUGUGUGGAGGGCAUGGCGGGUGGUGCCGUGCACAUCGACUACAACUGUGUUCCCUCCGUCAUCUACACACACCCCGAGGUGGCGUGGGUCGGCAAGACAGAGGAGCAGCUCAAAGAGGAGGGCGUCCCGUACAGUGGCAAGUUCCCCUUUGCGGCCAACAGCCGAGCCAAGACCAACGCCGACACUGACGGCAUGGUGAAGAUCCUCAGCCACAAGGAGACGGACAGGAUGCUGGGAGCUCACAUCGUCGGAACGGGGGCAGGAGAGAUGAUCAAUGAAGCUGCUUUGGCCAUGGAGUACGGCGCUUCCUGUGAGGACAUUGCCAGAGUGUGCCACGCCCAUCCUACUGUGUCGGAGGCCUUCAGAGAAGCAAACCUCGCCGCCUCCUUCGGCAAAGCCAUCAACUUCUGAUCCGUCAGCCGCUGUCGCACCUUCAGUGUACAUAAUGGAGGAGGAACAGGAAGCAGUGUGUGUCCAAACAUUCAUGCACCUUCACCGGAGUCCUCUGUGUACAUCCCGACUGUACCACAUUUAGUUCUACUGUUAUUUAAAUGUUCUAAAUAAAAUGAUUAAAGGGGGAACUUGGCGCUAAAUAAACACUGACCUGGCUGCA